AUGGCGAAACGAAAGAUCUCAGAGGUCGCUGCCGCCAGUGUACGGGCCAGCGAAACGAAGCCGACAAAGAAGACGAAGCCGGCCAUCCCACCAAAGCCCCAGAUGCAACCCAAGAGGGCAAUCGCGGACGAAGAAUUCUUCCUCCAGAUUGUCACCGGUUCCUACGACAGAGUUCUCCACGGCCUCAUUGCUACUGUCAAGCCCCAGGGUCAGGCAAGCUUUGUUGACACGUUCCUGUUCACGGCGCAUCCAUCGGCAAUCCGCUGUGUCGCCCUGUCUGCCCCCUCGGCCCCCAUUCCUGGCCAGGAGCAAAAGGUGCUGCUGGCGUCUGGGAGCACCGACCCCAAGAUCAACAUUUACAACAUCUCCGCUCACCCUCCCAAGCGGCGAGAUGGGGACGAAAUGGCGUCAGCUGCUCUCCGCCCCAUUCUCGAGAACUCGAAGAACCGCGAGCUGGGCGCCUACAACCCCCACGACUCAACCGUCACCAAACUUGUGUUCCCCACGCGCUCCAAACUCAUCUCGGCCAGCGAGGAUUCGACAAUUGCCGUUGCCAAGACGAGGAAUUGGGAGCCCAUGAGCACCAUCAAGGCACCAAUACCGAAGGCGCAGGGCAGGCCCAGCGGCGACACGGCUCCCCUUGGCGGCACCCCCGCCGGUGUCAACGACUUCGCCGUGCACCCGAGCAUGAAGUUGCUCAUCAGCGUCAGCAAAGGAGAGCGAUGCAUGCGGCUGUGGAACCUCUUGACCGGAAAGAAGGCCGCAGUCCUCAACUUCAGCAGGUCUCUGCUGCAAGACGUCGGCGAGGGCAGGCAUUCGUCCGGUGAGGGGAGGAAGGUGGUUUGGGGCGCGGCCGUCGGCGGGCAGGACUGCGAGGAGUUUGCCGUGGGAUUCGACCGCAACAUUGCCGUGUUCGGUAUGGACAGCUUGCCCCGUUGCCGGGUCCUGCCGGACUCUCGCAUCAAGAUUCACAACUUUGAGUACGUCGCCAUGAGCGAUGAGAGCGAGUCGUCUCUGAUUGCUGUGGCCACUGAGGAUGGGCGCAUAGUCAUCUGCUCGACCAAGGACGCCGACUUGACGCAACCUGAAGAGACUGCGGAUGCGAAGGUGAAGGAACUGCCGACGGCGAAGUUGGUCGCUCAGAUCGGCGGCAAGGAAGCAGGCGUCACAGGACGGGUCAAGGACUUCAACAUCAUCAAGAGGGAGGAGACACAGGGUGCUGUCUUCUAUCUCGUCUGCGGUAGCAGUGACGGGAACAUUCGUCUUUGGAAAGUGUCAGAAAAGGAGCUCAAGGCGAGCGAGACAGCAGACAAGACGGUGCAGCUGGGCUCGCUCGUGGGAAGCUACGACACGAACAACAGGAUCACAUGUACCGCGGCCUUUGCCAUGAUACCCCGACCGGACGAUGUCGUGGACAGCGAUGAGGAAUUGAUGCAGGAGCUCGAGAAGGAAGACGCGGCAGAAAGCGAUGAGGAAGAAGCCUGA